AUGCCAAUCCUUGCUUCUGCCUGCUACGGCAAGGACAAUGUCCGCGUUUACAAAGUCCACAGAGAUGAGAAGACAGGAGUCCAGUCCGUCACAGAGAUGACAGUGUGCUGCCUUCUUGAAGGUGAAAUCGAUGCAUCAUACACCCAAGCAGACAACAGCGUCGUGGUGGCCACAGACUCCAUCAAAAACACCAUCUACAUCAAGGCCAAGGAGCACCCAGUCAACCCGCCAGAGCUCUAUGCCAGCCACCUGGGCAACCACUUCCUCAGCCGGUACCCGCACAUCAGCGCCGCCCACAUCAAGGUGGUGGUUCACCGGUGGACGCGCAUGAGUAUCGACGGCAGCCCGCACCCGCACAGCUUCUUCCGCGACGGCGAGGAGACGCGCAACGUGGAGGCGACAAUCUCUCGCUCUUCUCCUUCCCAGAAAGGGUCCGACGUCCAGUUCGACCUCAAGAGCAGCAUCGCGGGCCUGUCGGUGCUCAAGAGCACCGGGUCGGCCUUCCACGGGUUCGUGCGGGACGAGUUCACCACGCUGCCCGAGACGUGGGACCGCAUCCUGUCGACCGACAUUGACUGCACCUGGACCUGGAAGCGUUUCGCCAGCCUGGCGGAGGUCCAAGACAGCGUCGAGAAGUUUGACAAGGCGUGGGAGAGCGCCCGCGCGAUCAUCAUGAAGACGUUCGCGACCGACGACAGCGCGUCGGUGCAGAACACCAUGUACAAGAUGUGCGAGCAAAUUUUGAAGGCGGUGCCUGAGGUUGACAAGACGGCUUUCUCACUGCCGAACAAGCAUUACUUCGAGAUUGAUUUGAGCUGGCACAAGGGCAUCAAGAAUACGGGCAAGGACGCCGAGGUAUAUGCGCCCCAGUCUGGGCCCAACGGGCUUAUCAAAUGUGAAGUCGCUCGGGACGUUUCGAUGGUGAUUCGCUAG